AUGGCCGGCAUCAUCAAGAAGCAGAUCCUGAAGCACCUCUCCCGGAGUUGCUGCAUCAGUAGCGUAGGGUUGACAUCAGUGGCUCUUCACCAUCCAUCAGACUUCCUGCUAACAAAACGUUCGCUUUGGAAAGGUACUUCUCCCCCAGGAAGCCCUGGGUUGACUGACCAGCAGCUGCUCUGGCAUCUCAGCCGGUUUACCAAGAAUCUCUCUCCAGACAAAAUCAACCUGAGCACGCUGAAAGGGCAGGGGCAGCUGACCAACCUGGAGCUGGAUGAAGAGGUGCUGCAGAAUGUGCUGGAGCUGCCUACCUGGCUUGCCAUCACUCGGGUCUACUGCAACAAGGCAUCUAUCAGGAUCCAGUGGACAAAGCUGAAAACACACCCAAUCUGCCUGUACCUGGAUAAAGUGGAGGUAGAGAUGCGAACAUGUGAAGAGCCUCGGCCGCCCAACGGACAGUCUCCCAUUGCUCUUGCUGCCGGUCAAAGUGAAUAUGGUUUUGCUGAAAAGGUCGUGGAGGGUAUGUUUAUUGUUGUCAAUUCCAUCACCAUCAAGAUUCACUCCAAGGCCUUUCAUGCUUCUUUUGAGCUAUGGCAGCUCCAAGGCUACAGUGUCAACCCAAACUGGCAACAGAGUGACUUGCGACUCACCCGCAUUACUGACCCGCAGAGAGGAGAGGUUUUGACAUUCAAAGAGCUCACCUGGCAGACACUUCGGAUAGAAGCAGAUGCCACUGACAAUGGCGAUCAGGAUCCUGUUACUACUCCUCUGAGACUCAUUACGAACCAGGGGAGGAUCCAGAUCUCCCUCAAGAGAAGGACCAAAGAUUGCAAUGUGAUGGCAUCUAAGCUGAUGUUUCUUCUUGAUGACCUGCUCUGGGUGCUGACAGACUCUCAGCUGAAAGCAAUGAUGAAAUAUGCAGAGUCUCUGAGUGAAGCCAUGGAGAAGUCUGCCCAGCAGAGGAAAAGCUUGGCACCAGAGUCUGUACAGAUCACACCGCCUGCUCCAAGUACCCAGCAGUCCUGGUCUCAGCCGUUCGGAGUCAGCCCGAAUGCAAGUAGCAUUGGUCAAUACUUUGAUAAGCAUGACAUGAAAGAGUCAUCGUACCACCUCCUCAUCUCACGCCUGGAUCUGCAUAUCUGCGAUGACAGCCACGCUCGAGAGUCAGGCGCUUUGAAGCAUGGGAUGCUGGGAGGUGCCAUGCAGCUGACCUUCAGGAGGAUGGCUUUUGACUAUUACCCUUUCCACAGGGCAGGAGAUGCCUGCAAGCAUUGGGUGAGGUACAGCGAAGCAAUGGAAACACGAGGACAGUGGGCAAAGAAGUUGAUCAGUGAAUUUCAAAGCAAGAUUGAGAAGCUUUAUGAAGAAACGGAUCCUGCAUUUGCCAGGACUCCACUUUCCCCCUUCAAAAGGAAACCAGAUACUUCGUUGAGUCCUCAUAAAAGUCCCUUAGAGAAAGGCCGUGUACCUCCCACAAGUUUGCCACGACUCCGGCAUCCUCCCUGGAACCGGCUUCGAUCCAGCUGUGUGGUAGUUCGAGUGGAUGACUUGGAUGUUCACCAGGUUUCUACAGCUGGUCAACAAAGUAAGAAACCCUCCACCUUGCUUUCAUGUAGUAGAAAAUUCUUCAAACUCCCUGACCAGGUCUCUGCAAUCCAUAUAGAAUUCACAGAGUAUUACUUCCCAGACAAUCAGGACUUUCCAGUUCCAUGCCCAAACCUGUAUGUACAGCUGAAUGGCCUGAUGCUUACCCUGGAUACAGCAAGCGUACUCUGGAUAAACCUCUUCUGUCUGGAUCUUUAUCGCAGCUUGGAGCAGUUCAAAGCCAUCUACAAGCUUGAGGACUCAGGCAAGCGUGAUGAGCAUGUUGAUGUUCGACUGGAUGGCUUCCGGCUGAAGCUUAACAUCCCUGUGGAGAAGAAAGUCGCUGACCAUCAAGAUCGUCCACAGACACUCUGCAUUUGCACGUCGGAGAUGACUGCCACUAACACCCGCCAUGCUGCCUUCUGCAGCUGUCAGGACCUCCAGAGCCUCUUCCGUAAAUUUGCCAGUUCAGAAUUCUUCCACUCCAGCUACACUAAGUUCCCAAGGUCUCAGGACAAUUUCAGUCUCCUCCACACCCUUUUCUUGCGCCAUGCGUAUGAGGUGGAUGAUAGGCCACAGAAGCAUCCAGGCUUUCCCCAGCUACUACACAAAACCUCUGCCUCUGAAGAUCUGUGGUCUGUGAAUUUCACUGAGCUUUCCCUGGACUUUGAGGGGGCUGAAAGCUCAAAGGGCAGAGCCCUUAGCUUUAUUGACCCUUUUCCCCUUUCCAUUUGGGCCUGCCUUCCCAAGAGAUGGGGGCAAGCUCAGGUAUCUAAACGACAGGAACUAGCUGCCUCUGAGUUGAAAAUCAAGCCUUCUGCCAGCUUUAGCAAUUACUCCAAGAAUAAGAACCUUUCCAGAGAGCAUGGGGUUUGUCAAAGAUCAAAGACUGACCAGGAUCUGAAGAACAUCUACAAGGUCCCAGAGACAAUGGAUGUCUUGGGAGAAUCUGACUGUGAAAUUGAUGAUGGAGUAGAUAAUAAAGAGCUGGAAGCCUCUGCUGAUAUCCAUGUGCUUGUGUCCUCAUCUGUUCAUGUCAAAGUUCGGCUCAACCACUACCAAUACCUGGUACUGCUCAGGAUGAAAGAAGUUCUGCAAACACUACAAGAGCAGUUGGCCCAAGAUACCCAGGAAGUGACUGGGUCUCCUUUAGAUCCCAUGUCUGCUUGUGUAGGAGUUAUGUUCCAUAGUGCCGAAGUGGCCCUACUCAUGAACCCUGCACCAGGGUCUGUCUUGGAACCCAGAUCCCUUGACUCAGACACAACAAGCCUGAUCGAGUCUGAGCUCUCGCCUUCAGACAGCAAGGAGGGGCUGGCAGCUGAAGAGAAGGAGCUGAAAUCAGAGACCAGUUCAGAGAAGGGAGUAUGCAGUACCUCAGAGGUCCCAGAGGACAGUGGGACUGAAAAUACAGGUACCAGUGUACCGCUGGAGAGACUCCCAAGAUCUGCAAGUGAUGGAGCUCUGACUGCAGCUCCAUGUAGUAAGAGCAUAGAGGAGAAAGGUUUGAUAGAGGAAGCACAUGAAGCUGUGGAAGCUCUGGUUGCAGAAAGACCAGCAGAGACCAGCAGCCAUCCUCAGAGCCCUCCUGCUCUGCCUUCUAGCCCAACCUCAGACACGCAGCCCUUGGAGAGAGGAAACAUCACUCUCAAUGGCCAGGCAGAACUCAUCCCUUUGAAGAACAUAGAGGUGGAGUUAUCUAGUGCACUGCAUAUCACAAAGGAUGCCACGAAGGAAGCUCUGCACGUGACUAUGGACCUCACCAAAGAAGCCAUGUCUAUAACAAAAGAUGCUCUGAGCCUGAGCCGGGAGAAGAUGACCUCCACCAUGCAGAAAAUGCUCUCUCUCCCCCCAGCCAAGGAUUCUGUGCCCAAAGCAGAAGAGGGAGCAGUGACUCCAGGCGGAGGUGGCAGCAGCCGAAUGCGUUUCUUCUCCAUGAAGAGGACAGCAUCCCAGCAUUCCUUUGACACCACAUCUGUGGAUGGGAGUGGCCCUGAGGAUGGGCUGUCUGUGGACAGCGAUGGCAGUGACGGCUUUGUGAUGCUCACAGACUCUGAACCCAGCCUGGACCCUCUUCCCUCAGGGCAUCUUCCUCAGGUCCACAAUGACACAGGCAGUAGAACAAGCCUGAUGGCAGAGGAUGAGGGUGGAGUGUCUCCUGAAAUAAACAGCUCGACUUCACAGAGUGAAGACCCCAGCCUUCAGCUGGUGUCUGUCCUCGUGUUGAAGAUGAAUGAGGUGAACUGUGGAAUAGAGGCACGAGGUGAUGAUUUGUCUGUUGCUUUACAAGUAAUGAACGUGGUUCCAGAGCAACUGAACAACGUUGGAAUGUGGCAGUAUCUGCGUGGCUAUCUGGGAGAUCCAGGUAUAGAGAAGCCUUCAGUCCCUGAAGCUAGUAAGACCCAGCCAGAAGUGUGCUUACGUCUUGAAGUAGGACCUAAAGCUGCAGUGCAUUCCCCACUCGCUGUUCAGAAUGGCUUCCUUCAUAUGCUGGUCCACAGUUACACAGCAGAGCUCUUCAUGUCCUUCCUUACCAACCUUGGCCCCUUUCUUGAGGAUGAAAUAAUUCCAGAGGUGAUCCCCAUGGAGAUAGAAGUUGUGGAUGCCAAAAUCACAUUGAAGGAUGACAGCCCCCGGGUAUACCCUACCUCCCCUGGCCCUGUUCCUAUCACCUUGGCAGUAGAUCACGUCAUUGUGAAGCGCAGAGAUGAUGGGGUAUUCUAUGUAACAGCUCUGCAAGGGGAGGGCUCACUGAAACAGGAAAAACCUGUGUCAGUUCUUCAGGAACAGAAGGCCCCAGUGGAGUGUGUCUUGGCAGCCCCAGCAGCAGGAACACGUGGCCUGCAGUUAAAGGAAGUGCCGGAGUUGCAAAGGGAGCUUCAGACCAUGAAAAUAGCCCUUGCAGAAGCCAACAUGGACAAGGCUCGCCUUCUGCAGGAAAUUAAGAAAUACAAUCCCCUCUUCCAGCUUUGACAGUGAAGGCGCAGGCUGCAGCUGCUCAGGAGGAGUGGAGACCACCACCAGCACUAAGGCGGCUAGUUUGAUUAUAUUGCUGCUAAACGGGUCAACCUCCUGCAGACUGAUCACCUCAAAGAAUGGAAACCAACUGUGAUUGCAAAAUGAACUUGAAAGAGGGAGAAAGGAAGGAAGGCCUGGCUGAGCAGUAGGGAAGAACGAAGAGGAGUUACCUGUUUGCAGCCACUUUCCUCUGUCCUGGCAGUAUGGCACUGCCUCUGUCACUGAACCAGGGCAGGGGUCAGCCUACAAACAAAAGGUCAGAACUUGGGGGACGCACCCAAUGUGUCUUCAUCCAUGGGUGGUAGUGACAGUCUGCUUUCAGCCUUCGCUUUUCAUGGUAACAUCUAGAGAUGAUCCAUGUUGGGGUUUCUGCUUCUUUCAGCCUUCCUCAUUGUUUUCUUGCCCAAUCAUGCAUGCCAAAGAACACGGAAAAAGGAGUGUAGUUACUUCACCGCAUCAGGAAUGACGGAGAAUAGAUAUGGCAGAAAACAUUACUCAGAGCUCUGAUGUGAAAGCAUGUGUACUAUCACAUGAAAAACAAAAACACAGGAGGUCAGUGGGUGUGGGAGAUGCAGAAGGGAUUUGCCCCCCAUGGAGUAAGAGUGCUACAGCUCAUUAUUCCCUCAUGAACAGGGUCAGAAUAGUAAAGAAAUUCCUUCAGACUUCUUUUUCCAUCAGUAAUUUGUUGUGUCAAGACAGAAUCGGUAUUAUAUUAGUCUAGUUCAUUCUCACUUAAUCCUGCAACGUUUGGCUUUAUUGAUGCAGAAACACAAAGGAAUUAAUUUAUUUCAUUACAAAGCACUGUUUAAACUUUCUUUAAUUUUACUGUCAAAGAACAGGGGUGAAGGAAGUCGGUUAAGUCACAGAAUGAGAUGACCUAUGUGUUUUCUUUGGGAUGCAUGCUGUCCUCAAACCAUUGUAUGCCAGUUGCACCAGUGGAGAGAGGGAGAGCAGUACUGGCCGCACAAGGAAAUAGCCGGCUGCGUUCCCACAUGGUUGUGUAUUUUUGUUAGCACUGAGCUCAUGCCUGAUCUUAAAUGUCUUUUAACAGGGCUGUGGGUGUGUGGGUCAGGAGAGGGGUGCUGACCAGGCCCCCUUGGGUGGAGGCUGGCACUACUAACUGCUCACUAUGGGGUGGAGAUGAAACAGUAGCUGCUGGGUUGAGCAUGGUUUGUAUUCUCACCUUUUCUGGAGCUGCUUCCCUGAAGAGGAAGAAGUCUCUGUGGUCAGUGACUGACUUAAUUUAUAAAGAAAUAGCCUCUACAAGUAUGGAGGGGAAAAAAAGAAAAGCCUAGUAAAAUAUGAAGUAAACACUAAUUUUAAAAAGUAGAAGAGCAAAUGUCAUUUAUGAACUGCAAGACUCAAAUUCACUCCUGAAGGCAAACUGGUACGUGGUGUCUUUGCUCUACUAGUCCGGGCAAUACAUGGCCGAUGUGCUGAAGAAGGAAGCAGCCCUAAGGCGCAGUUGUGAAGGGAGAAGCUGUUCCAGAGGAGAACUUGCUUUGUGUGCUGAUACAGAAGGGUGUGACUUUCAGCCCCCUCCGUGUUACGGAUGAAUGCCUGUUCCCUCCCCUGUUCUACACAGCAUCUUUACUGUGUGCAGAGUUUGGAUUUUAUCUUAUUUCAAACUUUGAUUUGGAUUUUUCCAGAUGCAUUCUGUGUUUGUGUAAAUGUACCAUUUCUGAUGCACAGGCUUUUUAGUGCAUGUAAACCAGGUAGCGAUUGCCCCACGCUAAGUGCUAGGAAAAGUGUCAGAUUAUAUGCGAUUCUCCUUUAUUAAUCAGAUGAAAACUUCACUUGUCUGUAAAGGUUAGGUAAUCCUUAUUGUGUUUUUUUAGCUGAACACACUCCCCAAAACUUUAAUCUAAUGGCUUUUUCUAUUUUUUCCUAUUUAAGCAUUACUCCACGGAAAUUAGUCUGGCUAAAAUAAUACAAGAUUUUAAUCCUGCUCACUAUGCAACGAGCAGCCUCUGAUUUACAAGCCAUGAUGAGUUGAGGCAUGGAAAUGAUGCAAAAGCAAGCAAAUAACUUGGGAGUUAAGUUUGUUUUUCCUACCGUGCUCUUAUAUACUUGUCCCUGUGCCCAGCUCUGGAGCUGUUGAACACUUCCCCUUAACCAGCACUCCUGAGAUCAUUUUAGUUCUUCUUUAGCUCUAGGGGAAACAGGGAUGUAUUUACAGCGCUAGGCUAGAUGUGGAGGCAUUGCUGUCUGUGGUUUGCGGAGAGCCAAGAGUGAAUUCCUUGUGGUUGUUAGAUUUCGCUUUGAAAGAAGAGGAUAUGUAAGAGAGGGACCGUGAUUAAAACAACUGUCACUCUUAAGAUCAUCAUCUUAAUUCCGUGUUUGACUCCGUUACGCUGAAGGUAGCUUUGAAUAACAUUUGUUGGAAUCAGUCCUUGUAUGCUAGGUUUGAACAACCAGCCUUGGGGCAGACUGUGCUGCCAGAGUCCAGUAUUUCUGCCAAGAUCUGACUGACCAGUGCCUACAACCAGAUGUGACAGUGGCAGCGAGAGCCUAACCUGCCUUCUGGAACCUCUGGAAGCAGGCAGCCACACACAAAUAACUUGUCUUUGGCAGAAGCACAGGGGCUGAGCUGCAGGAGGCUCCGCUGUGGUGCACAGCAUGCUCGCGCUCCCCACCCACUUAGCCUGGGCUAGGUCUGGUGUUUGGAUGCUGUGGCUCCUGCCGGUUGCUUUCCCUCCUCCAUGGGAGAGGAUUGCUCCUCCUUGUUCCUGUCAGACAACCCGGCUGUUUUCUCUGGAGCACGUUCUGUGACCCAUCCCCUGCUCGAUGCAGCCUUUGACAGGACAGAUUUGUGGUGCUGUCUGUGACGGAAAAUGCACUAGAGCAGGCUGUCAGGCCUGUUCUCAAGAGGAAAAUGCACUUUAACUUUUCAAGCAUCAGCGGGCAUUUCCUUCACCAAUACUGCCUCGUGCAUAGAAGAAUUCAGAAGUAAAAGCAGGGGUUCCAAAAAUGCAAGUUACCUUCUGUAGUAAAUAAGACUCUUGCUGUGAGCAGCUCUCAUAGCAAGAGAAAGGAGGUAACAAAGCAUCUGCGUAUCUAGACUUGCGGUGAAACAAACCUAUAUGUGAACAGCUCACUGUAAGUACCAUUGCGAACGGCAAAAAGCCCACACAAGCAAAAGCUGAACUUUGUUUAGUCAAACCUACAUGCUUCUGUGCUUGCUCCCUCUUCCUGUGUGAAGCAAGAAAUAUAAGAAUGCUUGCCUUGGUGGAAUGCAAUGGUAUUCUUACUUUUUAUUCACUAAUUGCUUGAAAAUGGGAGGUUUCUUUCUUCGCUUUCAAAUUUUCAUGACUUUUUGUUUGAGUAGGUGCCCAGCUUCAUCUCCAGACAGCUUGGGAAAGGAGUAGGGUGCAAAGGGUUUUCUCGGACGUGGUGCCUGCUUGCCGUCUCACACAACCUCCUUACCACUCCCUCCCACGUGUGCAGACUGAACAGAGCUGGCGCCAAGUUGUUUACAGCAAAUUUCUUGCUCCAGCAAUUCAAGUCAACUGGUUUUGUUUAAGAAUUAAAGCACUUCCAUUGUUUUAAGUACCAGUAAAAAGUACUGUAAAACAAAAUCCACGUCCCUUCUACAGGGCAUACGUGUGGGAGGACAAAAACUCCCCUAUCUCCUCUGAUGAUGAUUAGCAAAGUUUACUUUGUAGAGCCUUUUAUUUAAGGACUCUUUCUGUUAUGAUGAGAGCCAACUUACUCCUUUGUGUAACUACAACACAGUUACCCUAGGAAGAGCACAUGGCCUCAGCAUCUUUUACAUGUAAUUAGAAGUGUGCUCACAGGGGACUACUGUAUGUACAAGUGGGUAAUGGGCAAGUCUGCACUUGAAUUUGAGUUAUAGGCAGUAUUGGAACUUUGUUGCAGUAUAUUUCCACUCAUGCAUUUAUUGGUUCUAUGAACCAUGAAAAGAAAUUAAACUUGUUAACCUC